CAGCAAGAUGUUCACUUCUCUUAGAAAGAUCAAGAAGGGUAAGGACCAAGAAGUCUCCGAACUCGAAAAGCAAGUUGCUCAAGCUAUCUUCGAUUUGGAAGUCUACAACAAGGAUUUGAAGGCUGAUCUCCAACCACUCCACUUUGUUGCUGCUCAAGAAGUCGCUAUUGGUAAGGAAAAGCAAUCUUUGGUCAUCUUCGUCCCAGUCAGACAAGUCAAGGAAUGGAGAAAGGUCCAUGGUAAGGUUGUUAGAGAAUUGGAAAAGAAGUUCAAUGGUAAGCACGUCUUGAUCGUUGGUCAAAGAAAGGCUGUCUCCAAGCCAACUGACCCAACCAAGGAACAUAGACCAAGAGCUCGUUCUUUGGCUCAAGUCCAAGAAAGAUUGUUGGAAGACGUCUGUUAUCCAGUUGAAAUCGUUGGUAAGAGAACCAGAACUCGUGUUGAUGGAUCUAAGCUCACCAAGAUCUUCCUCGAAAAUAAGGAAAAGUCUAACUUCGACCAUAAAAUCAAGACUUUCAACAAGGUUUGCAAGAGAUUGACCGGAAAGAAGGUUUCCUAUGAAUUCGCCAAUCUUUAAAUCUUUCUAAACAUAAAUAUAAACAAAAAAUUCUUCAAAA